GGGCGACCUCUUCCUGCGUUCUCACGGCUCUUUCUGUUUGUGAGACCUGUGGCUCGACCCUGCUGAUAGCAAGAUGUCUUCAGGAAAUGCAAAAAUUGGGUAUCCUGCUCCCAACUUCAAAGCUACAGCUGUUAUGCCAGAUGGACAAUUCAAAGAUAUCAGCCUAAGUGAAUACAAAGGAAAAUAUGUUGUGUUCUUCUUUUACCCUCUUGACUUUACUUUUGUGUGUCCCACGGAGAUCAUUGCUUUCAGUGAUAGAGCCGAUGAAUUUAAGAAACUCAACUGCCAAGUGAUUGGCGCUUCUGUGGAUUCUCACUUCUGUCAUCUGGCAUGGAUUAACACACCCAAGAAACAAGGAGGAUUGGGACCCAUGAACAUUCCCUUAAUAUCAGAUCCCAAGCGCACCAUUGCUCAGGAUUAUGGAGUCUUAAAGGCUGAUGAAGGUAUCUCUUUCAGGGGCCUUUUUAUUAUUGAUGAUAAAGGUAUCCUUCGACAGAUAACAAUAAACGAUCUUCCCGUUGGCCGCUCUGUGGAUGAGAUUAUACGACUAGUCCAGGCCUUCCAGUUCACUGACAAACAUGGUGAAGUGUGUCCAGCUGGCUGGAAACCUGGCAGUGAUACCAUCAAGCCUGAUGUCAAUAAGAGCAAAGAGUAUUUCUCUAAGCAGAAGUGAGCACUGGACCAUUUUUCUGCCAGGCAGCAUUGAGCAGCCAGAAGAAACUCUUGUACUCUACUCGUGCUUAAACACAUGAUGUGGUGUGAUUCCAGAUAAGCCUUUCCUACAGGGCUGGGGAUGGAUAGCCUUUCUUCCACUAUUGGUAAUGGUCUGAGCUGUGUUUUGGGCAGACCAAUCUUCUAUCAGUCACAGAAAACAACCUGUUAAUUCUUUUUUCUUCUUUUUUUAAGUAUCUAUUAAACGUGAAUUCUGAGAACUUGGUGAUUCAUUCUUUAAAGGCAACAUUGGAAUUUUAAAAAGGACUUUAUUUUCAUGAGUAGGUAAAAGUGUUUGAGUGUUGUUUAUCUUUUUUAAAAAGAAUGUUUCCCCAGCAUGUGUACCAUUUACCUGCCUGUUGGAUACCCUGGGACCAUGUGGGUGCUGGGAAUUGAACCUGGGUCUUCUAUAAGAGCAACGGGGUUCCUAACCAUUGAGCUGUCUCUCCAGUCUCUUAACUUUUGAGACAGGAUCUCUCACUGAUCUAGAACUUGAUGUAUAUGUGAGGCUAGUAAGCUCUCAGGAUCUACUUUUCUAGUGCUGGUUUUAUAAGCAUGGAUUACCAUAGUUGGCCUUUUGUUUUUCGAGACAGGGUUUCUCUGUGUAACAGCCCUGGCUGUCCUGGAACUCUGUAGACUAGGCUGGCCUCUGAAAGAUCUACCUGCCUAUUUAAUCUGCCAGGAAUUAAAAGUGUGUGCCACCAC